CGCUUCCUAGUAAUAAGUCGCAUUACUGGAAUCUCCGAAGGUUGGAUUUUUAAAUAGACGGUGACUAGGGCUGUGUCGUCGGCGAUGGCCGGGAAAAGGAAGAGGAAAAACUUCCUUCAGCGGCGUGGAAUCCAUCCACGGAACAAGUACUGCGAUAACCCACCGGAUUUUGGGUUGUUGGCCUCUUUGUACCCCAAUUUCGAGCCCUAUGUCUUAUAUUCACGUGACGGCAAGGCAAGAAUCGAUUGGACGGAUUUCAAUGCUACUCGCGAGCUGACACGAGUCUUGCUGCUACACGAUCAUGGUCUGAACUGGUGGAUCCCAGAUGGGCAGCUCUGCCCUACGGUCCCUAACAGAUCAAAUUAUAUCCAUUGGAUUGAGGAUCUUUUGGCUUCAGAUUGCAUCCCUGCUACCAGGUCUGACGGUGAUAUCAAGGGUUUUGAUAUUGGUACCGGAGCAAAUUGUAUUUAUCCCCUUCUUGGGGCAUCCAUUCUUGGUUGGAAGUUUGUUGGUUCAGAUAUUACUGAUGUAGCUAUAGAGUGGGCAAAUCAAAAUGUCAACAGCAAUCCACAUAUCUCUGAAUUGAUUCAAGUUAGACGGGUUGCUGCCGAUCGGCCUGAAGAUUUACAAACUAAUUCUGUAUGUAGCAGUGGAGACACUUUUGACGCUAGCAAAACAAAAGAGGAAAAUGAUGGCUCAUUGCUGUCAUCUGUACCAGAAACUCAUUCAAGCUUGAAUAAGUCUUAUAAAGGGCCACCUAUACUCCUAGGAGUUGUCGAAGAUGGAGAAAGUUUUGAUUUUUGUAUGUGCAACCCCCCAUUCUUUGAAACAAUGGAAGAAGCUGGUUUGAACCCAAAGAUGUCCUGUGGUGGGACUCAAGAAGAGAUGGUUUGUUGUGGUGGUGAACGUGCUUUUAUCACUCGCAUCAUUGAAGAUAGCAUAAAGCUGAAGCAUGCUAUUCGUUGGUACACUUCUAUGGUUGGAAGAAAAGUGAACCUGAAUGUUCUGGUGUCUGAACUCUGGAAUGUUGGAGCGACUGUGGUGAAGACGACAGAAUUUGUUCAGGGCAGAACAUCAAGAUGGGGGCUUGCAUGGUCAUUUUUGCCUCCUUCGAGGAAGAUGGUAUCAUCCCAGAAGACUGUGGAGAGUAAUCUGUCUUUCAUGCUGGAGGGUGUUCAACGUCAGCACAGUGCCUUUCAUGUGUUGCAGUAUGUGGAAUCUUACCUCGCCAAUAGCGGUGCUUCCUGUAAACUAGAUGCGGUCUCUUUCCAUGUUGAUGUCACAAUUACAAAGGAUCAAAUUAAUUCAGUUUUGAGUACUCCAAAUAACGAGGGUGCGACUGCUAAUUCUCAUAGUGAGCUAAGCAUGCCUGAAACAACAAGUAAUGAUAAUGGGCAGGCAGAUGUGCUACUGUUUCGAGUUUUGGUUUUUCAGCAAAUUCCAGGAACUCUUUUGGUAAGGGGAACAUUGCUGGAUAGAGCAAGUUCCAUCUCAGGUCUAUUUUCAUUAGUUUUUCAUAGCAUUGAAGAAGUUUUGGCUAGCAAGUUCCGCAGCGGAAGGGUAUUGGUUGAUGCUGGGAGUUCUCGUGCCCAAAGGUAAGAGCAGGAGGACAGACUCCACUCCAGUCUAGCUGGAGCAUGAGCAUGAGCAUCAUCCUUGUCGUGAGCGACGCACACACUACUUCUAGGAUCUCUGUUUAGAAAUCAUGGAAGGAACAUUGCAAUGUGUUUCUUAUUUAUAUAUAUAUAUACACACAUAUAAUGUUCCCUGAAUGUCAGCAAAAGAUGUAUGAUUGAUUGAUCGUGUGGAUAUAUCAAUUUCAAAAGCAUAUAAUAUAUAUGCUUGCAAACCAAAGAUUACUUAACACAUACAUUAGUAUUACUUUUACCAAAUUAAUCAUGCAGA